AGCCUUCAAACAAGCGCACUAGAUUGCCUGCCUUGCUUGGUGAUGCUCCAUCUAACUUUGGUCAUGGCUACCCUCCUUCAACAUACCAUGGCUAUUAUGAUGAUGAGGAUGAUGAUGACUAUGCUCCACCGCAUCACUACGAAGGCAGGGGAAUGGGUCCUCCACCACCACCACCAUCAGUGGGAGGUCCUCGUAGGGGUCCACCUUCACGGCGGUACUCAGCUCAAUAUGGUGGUGCAGCACCACCACCUCCACCUCCGCCACAUGCCGAUUAUGGUCCUCUGGCUGAUAGCCCAGUGCUGAUUGUUUAUGGGCUAGAUACUAAGAGAAUGAACCCAGACAAGGUGUUCAAUAUCUUCUGUCUUUAUGGCAAUGUGCAUAAGGUUAAAUUCUUAAAAAGCAAACCUGGAGCCGCCAUGGUAGAAAUGAGCGAUGGAUUUGCAGUAGACCGAGCCCUAACAUGCCUGAACACUGAGAAUUUUCUGUUUGGCCAGCAUAUAAAUGUAUGUGUGUCAAAACAGAAGGUAAUAGUUCCUGGCCAGUCAUUUGAGUUAGAGGAUGGCUCUUGUAGCUUCAAGGAUUACUCAACUAAUCGAAACAACCGGUUCACAAAUCUGAAACAAGCUGCCAAAAAUCGAAUCCAGAAACCUAACAACAUGCUACACUUCUUUAGUGCUCCUCCAUCUGUUACAGAAGAAAUAUUCCAGCAGAUAUCUGACAAAGCUAAUGUGAAGAGGCCUAAAAGUAUUAUAUUUUUCAGUGGAAAAACUGGAUCAAAAGGAAACCAAGGUGAGAAGAGUUCUUCUGGCCUUCUGGAAUAUGAGUUGAAGAGUGAUGCUUUUGAGGCAUUAGUUCUGCUGAAUCACUACAGACUAAAGAAUCCAGAUGGGCCUGACCUGUUCACGCUGAAGCUGUGUUUCUCUACUGCCUAAAAUGAUCCUGAGCAUGGAACCAACUCAUCGAGGCUGAUCGUUGCUUUUGAUGUAUCUUUCUUUUGCUUUUGCUUUCUUUAAUGCUGUAAAGUGCAGUGACCCCUGGAAAGGAAUUUGUUUUCCAGUGCAAGGGCAGUUUUUUUUAGAUUCCCCAAGAAUGAAUGGUUAGUGAAAUGUGAAAUGUGACUGUGCUAGUGGUUAUGAACAUUUGUUUGGACUUGUUUAAUUAUUGGAAGAUUCCUGCACUGCAGAGAACUGUACACUAUUGUGUUACAGCUAAAAAGUAUUAAUAAAAACACUUCUUUUAGUC